CUCUCUGCAAGUUGUACAUACAAAUGUGUAUUUAGGGCUUUUGGAAUAAGCAAAAACCUUGAAGGAUUGUAUAUACAGAGUAGGCAGAGGGAGAGAGAGAGAGAGAUGAUGGCGGAUUCUGAGAAACAGGUUGGUGCGGCGGUGGCGAUGGUGGUUGAGGAGGAGGAGAAAGAGCGAUUGAUUGAGCGGGUGCCGGUGUUGGAUUUUGAUAUAUUAUGUUCGACGGUAGCGAUGAAGACGAAUCAGGGGAAAUGGAAUAAAUUGGAAGAGAAUUACGAAGAAGACGGGGGAGAAUUUGGAGGAGGUGUUUUCAGGAUGUGGGAAGGCGAUCUUCUUGAUUGUUAUGAUGAUCGUAGAUUGGUUCUUCAAUCAUCCUUUUGCCCAUGGUAUCGAUUUGGAGAAAACAUGAGACUUGCUGGUUUCGGUUCUUGCUUUCUUCAGGGAUUCAUGUAUGCAAUCCUAGCUGGAAUUGCUCUUUGCAACAUUGUAGCAUUUGCAGUUACAAAGAAGCAUUGUUUCUUGUAUCUUGGGGUCUUUCUUGCACUCUCCCUAGGAACUUAUAUGGGAUUUUAUCGCUCCAAAAUGAGAAACAAGUUCAAUAUCAAGGGUAGUGAUGGUUCUUUAGAUGAUUGUGUAUCCCAUCUCAUUUGCCCUUGUUGCACCUUGGCUCAGGAAUCAAGGACAUUGGAAAUGAACAAUGUUCAAGAUGGGACUUGGCAUGGUAGAGGGGACACAAUGUGUAUAGGAACAUAUGUUGAAGGUGUCAAAGCCUUUGAGAUAAUCCCUCCUACAAUUAUUUCAAUCGACUCUCCAAGACCCUUUUAUAUGCCAAAGAAUACUAUUGGCGCCCAAGAUUCGCAACCACGGGUCUAACCACAAUAGUUAUAAAUUGAGCCGUUCAGAUGAAAGGCUAGUGAAAAUCUUGACAUGGGAAAAAGGGUCUUCUACCUAAAACCUCAAAAACCGAAUCACAUCCAUAAGAAACCAUUGUUGUUUACUAUGGAUCGAGAACAUCGCCGUUGCCCUCCAACUGUUUAAAAGAUCUCAAAAAAUGUGUGUGAUGAAUUGUAUAGUUUGAAAAUAUAUGGAAAAAA